CUUAGAAAAGUUUAGUUUGUGAGUCAAAGAUGAGAAUACGUUUCAUAACGAUGGAUUGAUGCAGAAGUUGAGCAGAGCACAGAGAUGGAAGGCUAUAAAUAGGAGGGCAAGGAUGGGGAGAGGCAUCAGAACAAAAACAAGAAGACGAUGAAGAUGAAUGCGAGAAUGGUGGCAGUGGUGAUGGUGAUGGAGCUGUUGCUCAUGGGGGCUGCCAUUGACGCCCUGAAUGUGUGCGGUGUGCCGUCGACGGAUCUGCUGAAGUGCUUGCCGGCGGUGACGCCUCCGUCGCCGUCGGAACCUUCGAAAGAGUGCUGCUCGGCGGUAAGCCUAGUAGACCUGAAGUGCCUCUGCGAUUUCAAGAGUUCCCCUCUGUUGCCUGUGCUGCACAUCGAUCCCGAUCUCGCCCUUCAGCUUCCCGCCAAGUGCAAACUUGGCAUAACUGUCCCCUGUUAGCUUCAUCUCUCACUGUUCCCAUUACUUCCUUUUAAUUAUUAAAUCAUAAAUAAAAUACUUAUUUAUAUAUUUCAUCUUUGAUGUCGUUGGAAACACUGAAC